CACACUCUUGGAGUCCUUAAAAUCACCCACACGUUUUCGAUAGUGGAGGUGAAAUUCUCUUCUGGAUGUUUUGGUAACCUCACUGGAGGAGGUGAAUGACUAUGGAAAGACCAUGGCGACCCGCUUUUACAGUCGGCAACAGGAAGAUGCGAUGGUCACCAGAGCUACUGCAGUCGAUAAUUCUAUAAGAAGGGAUGGCAUCAAUGUCUAGCUUUCGGGGCUUGUUUUAAGUUGCCUGCGAUCUGUAUAUGGACUCAGGCAGCUAAAGCAAGUCUGGGAAGCUAGAGACCGAACACCUGGGGACAAAGCCAAUCUAUCAAGUCGCGAGCAUGCAGUGAUAGGCCUAUCUCAUCUGGACGGAAACCUCGUCAGGAUUGAAGGACCAGAGUUGGAAGAAAACAAACUCUAUUAGUGGGCUACGUAUGACCAGGAAAACCUUUCAGGAAGUAGCCUAAACUUUUGCCACACAUAAUUGAAGUGUGUAAAUCCAGUUGACAUGCAACGGAUUUGACGCAAAAAUGUGAUAAAAAGUAAUAAAAAAUCUUCGUAAUAAAAAUUUUAUAUAAGGCAGCCUAUGCUUUGAUCACUGUCUUUUGUCAACUUAAGCGUAAGCUAUACAGCAACAGUGGUAUUUAUUUUUUAAUCCCAUUUGAAAAUCAUUAGCAUGUAUUAAUCUAAACGCAUUUAAUUUAGAGCAACAGACAUUGGUGGCCACGAUUAUUUAACACAGUGAGGUGCACAGGGACCAUUUUAUCUGGGCUAGGUCCUAUAGGUUUGUCACAGACUAAUGGCCCAUCACUCUGAGCCAAUAGAGUAAUAAGGCAUGGUUUUACAUUUACGACAACGUUUCACCUCGAUUAUAUGACAUGCAAAUGUAGCCUAAUGUCUGGGAUAAAAUGUCCUUGUGUACUGAAACGCAGUCAAGCGUGGUUUUAAAGGCAAAUACUCUAUUCCAACAUGGAACAGGCCUUUAUGUUUGCAAAGAGGUAAAAAGGCGGAAAAGAGAGAGGAUCUGAACUGGUUUCCAUGUCAAACACUUCAAUUCUCCAUAGAAACUCUGAUCUUAACGCUGAAACUUUAUUAAAUCCUGAUGGUGGAAUCGAUAAGGCAGAAUUUCUAUCGGCUCCUUUUUAUUGUGGAGACAGGGAGGGAUGACAGAGGUAAAUUGCUCUUUUAAUUAAAGCAAUGCACCAAAGGAAAUUGCUGUCUGAAUAUUGUCUCAGAGAUGGAGCUUGUGACAGUUGCCUGGAAACUUCAAUCUGUCUCCCAUUUAUUCCAGAUCAUAGUUUUGAGAUAAAGUUUAAUAAAAAUCUUUACCCGAAUGAAAGCCAACCCUUCCAGAUCAACAGACACAAUGAGACAGAACUGCGGAGGAAACCUCAUGUUUAACAUGUAUCUCUCAGAUCCUUCAGAUAAUCUUCUGAAAGAGGCUAAAAACGCAUCAUGGAGCCCUAUGAAUACGGGAGUGCAAAAAGGAAGUGGACAAAUUCAGCUCUGGCAGUUUCUCCUCGAGCUCUUGUCGGACAGUUCCAACAUAUCGUGCAUCGCAUGGGAAGGCACCAACGGGGAAUUUAAACUUAUCGAUCCGGACGAAGUGGCCCGUCGAUGGGGUGAGAGGAAAAGCAAGCCCAAUAUGAACUACGAUAAACUUAGCCGAGCUCUCCGCUACUACUACGACAAGAACAUCAUGACAAAGGUGCAUGGAAAGCGCUAUGCCUACAAAUUUGACUUUCACGGUCUGGCACAAGUGUGUCAACCUUCGUCGACCGAACAAGCCUUUUAUAAGUUCCAGAGUAAUUUCACACCGCUGCCGUUUUCAGGCAUUUCCAAGCUCAACCUGAUGGCUCCAGCCGUUAGUCACUCCGGAUUCUCGUACUGGCCAGGCUCCCCGCCGACUCUUUACCACAGUCACAACUUGCAACCUUCUGGGCCCUUUGGCACCGUAUCUGCGCCUCAUAUCAGCUGCGUCAACAACAUCAAUAACUUAAAUAAUUUAAAUAAUAUUAAUAGUCCUUAUAAUUGAAUACCGUUUGAGUUAGAGAUGUGGAUUAGAUAAAAUUGCCUGGGUAAAGAGAAUGUAAAAGUUGUAACAAUACACGCAAAUUUCCUGCGGCACAAUAAAGACCUAUAUAACUUAAUCGAAACUGCCCAUCCAUCCUUAAGCAAUAUUUUGUAAUGACAUUUGGCUCACUUAAAAACGACGAAUUGCCAUAAUGACAUUUAAACAGAAAUGUAGGCCUACUAAACAAUUUAUUUUAACUUGCAGAGAUGCGUGACCUAUUAGCGCCAUCUCAUGGCUGAAAAGCGCUAGGCCUACUUCGAAGAGGACGCGAGGACUGGUCUAUAGCUGCAUCCAAACUCUCUUUUAGACAACGACAAUACAUACAACUACUCGGCCAUUUGACAUGUUAUUGUAGGCCUGCCCACAAAAAGCGUAAGAUCGUUGCUAUUUUUCUGUAAUGUUCAGUUUACAGACAGAGGAAAAAUAUAGAUUUCAUAUUAAUCAGGGAGACCUUCAGGAAACGAUAGGCCUGUAGUUUUCAACUGGGCCUAUGGGAGUCAUUUUUUAUUACUGCGCUCAAUGAAAAUCAGAUGGUAAUAUGUUAGGUUACAGGUUGCUAGUGGUCCUCUAAUAGAAAGGGUGGAUGUAGAAGCCGUCAAGUUCUAUAGGAGGCAGUGCAGUCAUCAACCUAAAACCUAAAGAACAUUCAAACAAAAUGAUAAUAUAGGAUUCCUUUUCAAAUCAAUUAAAACAGCCUCCAGUUAAAAUAGCAUCACCGAAACCGACCAACACCAAUAGAUAGACCCACCCAGAAGCGCACCAGGCCUCGUUGCGGCAUUUCUAAAAUGUAAAGGGUAGCCACCUUACUGGGUUACACUCCUCUUGCCAAAACAAAUAGGAAGACAUACAGUUUGAAGCUUUACAGAACAUCUAAGAAGGUGUUCCCAUUCAUGGCGAUUUGCUGUCCAAUCGUUUUUAUUGUUGGACUUAAAGACUACGUUUUACGUAGCUCCGACACUGUUUAGGCUAUCAGUGGUAGCCUACCGCCUUUCUAAUAAGCCUCAUUUUCACUAUAAUGUAUUUGCUAUAUAGGCGACACGCAUUAUUUCAUUAGAGGCUACAGUUUAAUGUGCAGUUGGUGACAAUGUUUUUAACAAGCCCUCCUAUUAAAAAUAUGUGGCCCAUGCCAUUUUAAUGGUCUAUCUAUGUUCUAUGUUUGUGAUAUGUUUGGAGUAAAAGUUGUUUUAUAACGUGUAUUGUUGUCAUUUUCCUCAGUAAUAAAGUUAGACGACAACAUUGAUGGUUAUGGACGUCAACAAUAAUAAAAAAAGAUUUGAUGAAA